UCCUGCUGUGAUGUGUUUAAUACUUUAUAAGAACUCUGUUUACUCUCCAGAGCAGCUAGCCAACACACCAGAUGUGACUCUAAUGCUGAGCGAAACAACUCGGGAAAUACAGGAAAUAGACUCCAAAUAUGUGGAUAUUGACCGUGACAAGCCAAAACAUGGCAACCAUGUGAAGACUAUUCUCUUUUUUUUUAAUGCAAGUCAGCUAUUUGAGAUUCAAGAAAAUGUAGCAACAUAAUUCUCUUUUCGCUUUAAAUUUGUACUUUAUAUUUGUGGGUCAAAAGGUCACCAAAACUGCAUGUUUUUUAAAAGCGUAUACUACUUUUCAUCGUAGGAUACAAUCCAUACUUUGCCUUUAAUGUCACUCCUAUUAUAGGCAGCAUCUUCAACUUUUAACACAUACAGCUAACAAGCACCUUUACUUUGACAAACGACCUCAGGACGGGUGCUCGUACUGUUAUUUAAGGCAUCGCAUUGAUUUCUACUGUAAUGAGCCCUCAUCUAUGGUCUGUGUGGUUAGCGUGGACAAACUGUAAGUGAGCAUGUCCAAUGAGCCCACCCCCCUGCACAUGAUGUAGAACUAUGUUGAAAAUACAAUUUUAAAAGUCGAAAUUCAACUGUGGGCUUCAUUACAGCUACAUGACAUUAACACGAUGGGGCUUAAUGGGUUGUUUAGUGAACAGUCACUCAGGAGUGUGACUUGAUAAUGUCACACCUCUACGGAUACAAUGGCAACAAAGUCAAUGUCUGAGCGGCCUGCGGCUUCUUUACGUCAUUUGCCUCCUCUGCUCUUGUGGGAAGGAUGACAGAUUCUCGCUGUCCUUUUCCAGCUAUUACAGACCAGUCUCCUAAUGAUUGUGAGCCCACACUGGCAGCAGAUGGCAACUGGGAUGCUUAUAAUGGGCCUCGGGGGAUAAUAGGGUCCCUGGCACCUCCUGCUAACUCCUCUCUUUAUCCACUUAACUGGAAGGAACUUUAUAUAUCUCCAAUAGCGCCACUCGGUUACUUGCUGCCUUUGGCUUCCGGUUCAGUCAGGAGCUUCUAAUGCCUUAUGCACUUUAUAAAACUUCCGCCAAAGUAUUCUUUUUCAACUAAAGCAAGUGACUCAGUGACUGACUUCAUUACCAAGAGUUUUUAAACGAGCCCCCGUUGCACAAUAAUUAAAAGCAAAAGCAUGAGUAGUUUUGUGGGUUAUAAUUGAAUCUGCAAACAGUUCCUUUCCUCACUGAAUGCAAAAAACACAUGCCAUGAGUCAGUAUACAGUAAAACACGCCGCUCCGUGUUUCUGCGCAAGCUGCUUUUACCCUCAAGCUAGUCAAUACCGUUGUUGAUUGAUCAGUUAAAAAGCCAGUAGUGGCACGAUAAAAAGAUAGCGCAAACUCCAAUGUCUCCAUGCAUCGAUUGUACACGGACGGAAUGAAGCUGUGGCUAAGUGUGAUUACUCGGGAAAGCCUGCAAUCGUUGGGGGCUUUUCCUUUCAGCAUCCAUGGUUGCCAAAAUGAAGAAAAAUGCAGUGAGGUCAUUUUAUCGUUUGGAUUGUUGAAGAAGUCAAUCUGUCAAUCAGGUCGUAUAUGUGCGCACUUUUGUUGCCAGCCAUUUAGAUAAUAUUGGCUGUGAGUUGACGUUAAAUGUACAGUUAGACAAGGUGCACACUAACAACUUUAUAUUGCAGAAAUCUAAAAAAAAAAAUAACUAAUGUGUUUUUUUGAAGUAUUAAAAUGUGUUUAAGUUUUGCUUUUUCAAUUACACUACUCAAAGAAAUUGAGGUACACUUUUUUGAAGAUAAAUAAUAAUCAUGGAUUCAUUCACGGAGUGCACACUCGCGUGCACGCGCCUCAUCGUAGUUGUGCGCGUGCCGCGGAGCUUGAAGUAACGUGGACGUCACAUCGUUAUCGUCACAUCAGGCGUUGCUCAGCUUCGUCCCUUUGCAUCUUUCCUCCCCACACACUUUCGGUAUUAGUUUUAAACAACUCGAACUAACUUGUCUGGACCCAGCCGAUAAUUUACCGAUGUAGAGCCGUACGCCGCGCUCCCUCCCGCGAGAACCGAGGAGCGGACUUCUUCUGUCGUAGGCGGAGAAAUGCCCCGGGCGGGAUGUGCUCCAGCCGCAAAAUCCUGUGGAGCCUUCUCCUCCUGUCGGUAGUGGAGGUGGGCCUGGGCGUGGCCAGCAUUGUGCUCGGAGCCGUGGGCAUCAGCUGGGUUCGGGGGCAGCACAAGCCGCAGCAAGGCGACGCUUCCCCGGUGUGGAGCGGACUCUGUUUUCUGCUCUGCGGGAUGUGUGGUGUGUUGUGCGCUCGAAAGAGGACCGGCCUUAUUAUGAUUUUGUUCUCAGCGUGCUGCAUCUGCGGUCUGAUCGCCGGCAUCCUCAACUUCCAGUUUGUCCGUGCGCUCAGUAAACGACCAGACUCCAUGCAAUCUAUCCACCUUGCUGCCAUGACUCUGGCCUGUCUGGGGAUCUCCUCCUGCACAUUGUCCACGUGGCUCACUUGUCGUCUGGCGAGCUCUGAGCAACAAAGGAUGUUCUUGGAGAGGGAGCACUCCCUGCACCAUUCACACGAGAUGACAGAGAAGGAUGCCCUGGACAGCUCCAGUAAUGGUAUCCCUCAGAUCUCCUACAACGGACACUCUGGCGCAUCACCAUGACGACAAGUUGACUCACUUGCUGUCAACAGUUAAGAAUGGCUGUACGGCAGACUGAAAUGUUUAAACUUUUGGAAUGCUGAAAGAAAAUACAGUAAGGUACAAUAUACUGCUUGUACACUGACAUAACAUGAGGUUCAUGAAUUGAACAAUAUAGUGAUAAGACGAAUUGUGAGUAAAAAAAUACUGUGCUACAUUCUUCUAUUUGGCCAAUUAAUCGGAAUAAUGCGGAAAUCCCAAUUUCAGAAAACCGAUUCAAAUGGUAAAACUCAUUACAGCAUUUGUAUUCACUACACAGAGUGAAAUGUUAAGCUAUUCUAUUUUUUAAUGACCAUCACGUUACAUGAUAAGCUACUUUUUUUAUAUACAUAAGUUGAAAGUGGCCGUCUGAAAAGAAAAGAAUCGAUAAUAUAAGAUUUCCAGCUGUUUAAUUGAGCUACGGGAACCAAUGAAUGUUCUUUUAGCUUGUUUUUUUAUGACUGUAUUCUAAUUUAUUCAUGUGCACUGGUAACAGAAACACCUCACAAUGACAUGCUGAUUUUAUUAUUAAAUGAAUGCCAGUGUAAACACGGCAAUAUUAUCCUAAAUGCAAGAUAUUUAUAUCUAUAUUUGAUAGCCACAGUAUUGGGAUAAGCUCGUUCAGGUGUAACCAAUGACGACAGUAUGUCAGGAAUGUAAACAAUAGGUCAAACAUAUUUUUGUAAGUGCUUCUUACACUAAUAAAUAAACCAAGAAAAGUCUUAUUACAA